AUGAUUAAUCCGACUCUCAUUGGCAUUGCCCUGGUGGUGGCACUAGGUGGAUUUGUUUAUGGGGUAGACGCAGGGAUCAUCGCGACGACACUGGCACACGAUACCUUCAAGUAUGCCAUGCUGGGUCCAACUGGUGUGAACGCGGGGCUUACUGGUGCCAUCGUCUCGCUUUACAAUGUUGGACAAGCCAUUGGGACUUUUGGUGCGGGCUAUUCGGCCAACAAGUAUAGUCGGCGGUGGACUAUCUGUGCCAGUGCCAUUAUAGUUGGAGCUGCGUUGCAAAGCGGAGCCGUGAAUGCCGGCAUGAUGAUCGCAGGCCGUUUCUUCGCUGGCGUGGGAUGCGGUAUCCUCCUCGCAGUCGUUCCCACCUACAUUGCCGAGAUUUCACCGCCAGAGCACCGCGGAAAGAUUGUCGGACUGCAAGGUAUGAUGAUGGCUAUAGGGUUCUUUGCUGCGAAUUGGAUCGGAUACGGUGGUGCAUAUGCUCAGGGUGAUGCUCAGUGGCGUAUCCCUCUCGCAAUGCAGAUUCCGGGACCUCUUGCGCUCGCAGUUGGCUGUUGUUUCAUCCCUUAUAGUCCACGUUGGUUGAUAGGACAAGAACGACACGAGGAGGCUCAUGCGGUCUUGAUGAAACUGAACCGGGACCCAAAUGCAGUCGCUCGAGAUUUGAACAACAUCAUGGAACAUAUUCAAACAGAAGCGACACAGACCUCUGGGGUGAAAGAAUCCCUGACCAAGCUUAUUUCUCGUCAAUACCUGCAUCGCACAGUCAUGGCCUGUUUCCUUCUCGUCAUGGGCCAGUUCAGUGGGUCAUCCGUGAUUCAGAAUUAUCAGAGCAGUUUCUAUGCCGCCGUGGGAUUCACCGGAAAGUCCUCGCUGUUGAUCAGCGGGGUGUACGGAAUCAUGGGCGUGAUAGGACAGGUGAUCUACCUGUUCAUUGCGGCAGACAGAUGGCCUCGUAGCCGCACUCUGUGGGUUGGAUCCCUGUUUCUCUCUGUCAUGAUCGCAAUCUGCAUGGCCCUCUCUGCCCAGUAUGGCGACUCAGAUACCCCAAACAUUAGUGGUGCCCGAGCAGCCAUUGCAAUGAUUUUCCUUUACUCGUGUGGGUAUGCGGUCUUUUUCAAUGCCACCAUCUGGGUGGUUCCUUCCGAGAUUCUUCCAUUUGCACUCCGAGCCACGGGCAUGGGCCUCGCUGUGUUUUGUAAGUCCGUCUCGGCUAUUGUUUUGUCGCAAAUCACACCCACUGCGCUCGAAAACGUCGGCUGGAGAUACUAUUCACUUUUCAUUGCGACCAAUCUCGCUGCCGCCGUGGUUUAUUUCUUCUGGCUGCCAGAGACCAGUGGCAAGACUUUGGAAGAGAUUGCAGAGAUCUUUGGAGAUCCUGCACCGGCAGAAUAUGAGAUGAAAAACGCCGUUGAGACUGAACCCAGGAGCGCAGAUGUCAAAAGAUCCAGCUCAUCUCAUGUUGAGAAUAUUGCCUGA